UUGGUCUUGCCUGUGCGCGCAGUGCGAGAAGAGUGGAAGGACCAACCCCCUCCCUAUACAUAACCCACGAUUCACUCUCCGUGCUAAACUGUAUUCUCAAUACACUCGACGCACUGAGGUGAAUGUGUGUGUAUAUAAUAUUGUCCGACCCAAUGAGCCUGUUGUAUAUGUGUUUUGUGGUGGAAAGUAUAGAAAACGGACCCGCUUGAGCGAAGACGCUGUCACUUUCGAGGGUGAUGCUCAUGGGUUAAGUAGGCCGGUAGAUGCGGGGCUAGAUUGUCGGAGCAUCUCGCACGGAACCACCUGAGCACCCGGACAAUUUUUUGCAGUAUCUCCCUCUGCAAUCUCCAUCUCGCUCUCCGCCACCAUCACUACCACUUUCCUCAUCAGUUCGAUGUCAGAUCGCCGAACAACCACUCCAGCGAUAGCAUCUCCCCUUCACCAGUAAUUGGCUACUUGUUGGUGAAGAGGCUUCACUUCAAUCGGAUUUAACCCACCACCUCUCGGUCUAAACAUCAUAAGACUUUUACUUUUCAUCACCGGUGUCUUCGUCAUCCUUGUUCGGUCGCUGGUCGGCUGCCGUACCGUAGACCAGACAGACUUGAGCCGCUCCGUAAAGGAGGAGAAUUAGGGGCUCCAAUGCUCAUCAACUCACUCCCCCCUCCCCUCGCACACCCAUCUAAACUGGAGUCAGAAAACACAGUUUCGUCUUUGGAUCUAAGGAGAUUUUUACCAUUCGCCGCCAUGGAAGAAAUCACGAAACUGAACUGCAAGCCGCGGCGGGCCUCGUUGUGUGUAGGCUGCGGUGGAAGCAUACAGGACCAGUACAUCUUGCGGGUUGCACCGGACCUAGAGUGGCACGCAGCUUGCCUCAGGUGCGCCGACUGCAGUACUUAUCUCGACGAGACGUGUACGUGCUUCGUAAGGGACGGCAAACCCUACUGCAAACGGGACUAUCUCAGGUUAUUUGGCACAAAGUGUGCGAAGUGUGCGCAAGGAUUCACCAAGAAUGACUUCGUGAUGCGAGCGCGGAAUAAGAUCUACCACAUAGACUGUUUUCGUUGUGUGGCUUGCAGCAGACAGCUUAUUCCUGGGGACGAGUUUGCGCUCAGAGAAGACGGUCUCUUCUGCAAGGCAGACCAUGAGGUGAUGGAGAGGCCUGGUGACAGGGACCAAGCACCCAAUGUCAACCAUAGAAAUUAUAUUAAUGCAACCCGUGCUGAACCCAUGCCCAAUCGGACCUCCUCUGUUCGCUCCCAUGUCCAUAAGCAAGAGAAGCCUACGCGCGUGCGCACAGUUCUAAACGAGAAACAACUCCAUACACUACGGACGUGCUACGCGGCCAACCCGCGUCCUGACGCACUCAUGAAAGAACAACUGGUCGAGAUGACGCAGUUGAGCCCCCGUGUUAUCCGUGUCUGGUUCCAGAACAAACGAUGUAAGGACAAGAAGAAGAGCGUCCUAAUGAAACAGAUUGCCGAACAGCAGGCUUCUAAGGAUCCAAACCGUCGGGUACAGAGCUUUAAUGGAGUCCCAAUGGUGGCAUCCAGUCCCGUACGCCACGAUUCUCAAAUGCCACAGGGUAGCCAGGUAGAGGUUCAAAGCUAUCAGCAACCGCCAUGGAAAGCACUCAGCGACUUCGCACUGCAGAGCGACAUCGAGCAACCACCAUUCCAACAACUGGUCAACUUCUCUGAGCAGAGUCUGGGCCAGACGACAAUUCUUAAGGACAUUCCACCUCGAGAUGAUGCGGCUCCUGGAUCGGGAAUGAGUCUGCCCCCAACCCCGGAUUCCUCCGACCGGAUGCACUCCUCACAUCUCGACUUAGAACCACUUAGUGCCAGCGACUAAGUCCAUCGAAACAAGCAAACUUAUAUCUACAAUAGAGAGAAGUCAGAGAGCCAUCUGCUAAAAACAAUGAAUGAUCUUAGCACUUGACGAGUGGAUCUUACUUCCCCAGGGUCGAAUUUUGACAGCCGAGUUUUGCUAUGGACGUAACAGGAGUUUUUAACGCGAAUGCUAGACGUUACAUAAUUAAUCAUCGUUAUUCUACAAGGAAUUAUACAUACUUUCUCGCCUCACUUUUGUACGAUUUGGAAUCUUCAUUUGGUGUCUCUUAUUGUGCACUCUUUCGUGAAGCUGUGGACGUAAAUGUGGUAUAUAAAUUUUAUUAUAUGAAUGUUGGACAGUUAGCUUGUGUAUGAUAGAUGAUGACGAUGGAUUCACGCAAUUUCGGGUGCUGUAAUAAAACAAAAAAGAAAGCUGACAAAACAGUUUUUAACGUGUUAACGAACAACCAACGGACUUUGUAUUCAAAAUGGCGCGGGAAACCUGAACCUGACAUUUCUGUGUGCGUCGGCAAUUUUGUUGUAGCGUUUAAAAUAGAAGAACGAGAAAGACAGAGACAUUGCUUCAACAUCUUUGGACCACGAGAAAUUCAACUGGGAAAUACUGGCGGCAACAGAUUUUAGAAUCAUCGCUCUAUUAACGUCGCAUCUCUGUAUUAGUCUAAUAUUAUAAAAUCAUAGCUCCAUUAGAGUGACAUUGGCAUUUCAAAACAAGUCAUUAUUUACGUAGGGCGAACACUUUGUGGGCGGCAUAUAUAUCCAAACUUUAAAAUCAAAUCACACUUAUUAUGGAACCAUUUCUCACCGUUGAACGAAAUAAACAAUGAUAAUGAUCGCCAACACUGAUAUCAAUUCAAAACUUUAUAUAUAGAGAUGAUAAGUGUUAUGUAAACAUUCACUUCGAUUGUGGAUAGAGGGCCUUUUUUUUUUUUAGAUAUUUAUGGCGUCAAACUACAUUUGCGAAGUAAAUAUUGUUAUAUAAGGCUAAUUACACUGCCAAAGUUAAUCGAUAGAAAGUGCCACUUCUCAUUCGGCUAUCUUAUUUACACAUAAAAUUGGUGAAUUAGGUUGAAUGUAAACGAAAGAUAAUAAUUGACACAUUAUUCCAAUAUCACUUGACUUGAACAAAAUAAUGAUAUUAUCAAUACUAAGGCGCUUGUAUCCAAUGAACUCGCCUUACCCAUCAUGGCCGUAUGGCUAUCCCCUCUCCUUUCAAGAAUGAAAUAUGCGUUUGGUGUGGAAUAAAAUACACUCACACCAGAAACAAAU